AUACAAAGUGUUGGGAUCACCAUGCGAAGUCUAGGUAUGGAUCUUCACGUAUGGUGUGCAUUUUAAAUGUUGGGACCCAAGAAGAUACGAUGAAAAUUGCCUGUGUAAGAAAAUUAAACAAUCACAUCGACCAUCCGUUCCGUUUAUUUAUGUGCAAGGCUGCCCUUGAUACGAGUUGGGCCUAGAGCUGAUGCGCAAUGUUCCAAAGCAGCUCACAGAAACAGUUCUGGACAUUCACCAGUGAGAAAGACAUCGAUGUGCUGAGGACAGAGGCAAAUGGUCGAUACAUUGAGCAACACAAGAAGAAGACGAAGGGGCAAGAUGUCACUUCUUUCUUCUUGUCGGCAGACGAGGAGCACGUCUUGUGUCGUCAUUAUGAGCAUCUUCUAAGAGACUUCUGUCGGAGAUUUGAACCUCCCAUGCCACCCGCUGUCAAGGGAACGGCAUGUGCUUACUUCAAGAGGUUUUAUCUGCGCAACACUGUCAUGGACUACCAUCCCAAGUUCAUCAUGUUGACCUGCGUGUAUCUGGCGUGUAAAGUGGAGGAGUUCAACGUGUCAAUCACCCAAUUCUGUGCUAAUCUCACGGCUGACCAAGAGAGGGCGGCAGAGCUGAUCUUGGUCCACGAACUGCUGGUGAUGCAGGAGUUGGACUUCCAUCUGACUGUGCACAAUCCCCUCCGACCGCUUGAAGGGUUUCUCAUAGACAUCAAGACCCGUUUCACAUCGUUGAGUAAUCCAGAGCAGUUAAGGAAACCAGCGGAUGAGUUCCUGCAGAGGUCCUUCGCUAGUAACGUCUGCCUCCUAUAUACUCCAUCCCAGAUUGCUUUAACAGCCUUAGUGACAAGUGCAGCAAAGCAACAAGUCAACAUUGACAAGUACGUGACAGAGUGCCUUCUCAGCAGCACAGACAAGAAGGAACUACGAGAACUUGUCAGCACCAUCAAGAGAAUUCGAUCCAUGGUCAACAACAUCCCGCCGCUGGACAUUGAAGUGGUCAGAUCUCUGGAGAAGAAACUCGAACAGUGUGGCAAUCCUGAAUUAAACCCCGACAGCGAGGAAUACAAAAGGAAGCAGCAGGAGUUACUGAAUGCAGAGGAUGAGGAUUUCUCGUUGGGAAUUAGCAGUGCCCAGGAGGAGGAAAACCGACAACAAGAGGCCCAGAUGCUGAUGAGUGUAUGAUACCAAAAUGACUGGUAUCGUGAAGCUAUCAAGAGAUCGGCGGUAUAUCAAAGAGUUUGACAAAGACUGUAAAAGGUGACAGCGUCACUCCCGGCUGAGUUUCCAACAUGAUGGAUGGAAUUGGUGUUUGAGGUUGGAGACAGGAUUAGAUGCAGUUCACCAAUAAUGUGUCUAUAGAUGCAUCCAUAUCAUCAGCCAAUUAACCGUCACAAAAGAAAUGAUUUACCUUUUCAAUCCCCAAGUUUCAAGCACUCCCAAAAUUGUCUGAGUUCCUUUCUUUGUCCCCUCUCGGUCUCAAUAAACCAUGAAGUUUUCAGAAGUACAUUGCCUCCCACACACGAUCAGCCUAUAGAAUUGGUAUGCUUUGGUUAUGAUUUUUGAAAUGUUAAAAACGUAUUGCAUGGCUUAACAGCCCCUAGGCGUCGGGGCUUUGAAGUAUAUCCUUCCUUUCUAUUUUUGGGGGAAAAGGUGCGGCUGAUGUAAAAAUACAGUGAUGUACGUCAGAACUUCAAUGUUUUAUAUCUUUAUCCUUUUAGUUUUCACUUUAAUACUUCCAUUUCAUAAUCUGUAGCACUUGCCAACUUUGACAAAAAUUUGAAGGAAUAAGACGCCGAUGAUAUUCAAGAACUAUUUGUUUGCUCGAUUCACGUCCAAUGACAUAAAAUGUCAAGGUGUACUUCGUGGGUUCCAUUUCAUACUGACUAAGUCCAUAUGCAGGUUGCGUAUGAACUGUGGAUUUAUAUCUUCUCCUAAUGAGUCUUGUUAUAUUAUGAUGUAUUGAGAGUUUCAUAUUUAUAAAUUUAUACAAAAUCUA